AUAUAAAUGGAAAAGAAAUCGAGUAGUUCUUCUCAAGACGUUGAAGUUCGUAAAGGGCCAUGGACGAUGGAAGAAGACUUGAUUCUUAUAAACUACAUAGCAAAUCAUGGAGAAGGUGUUUGGAACUCACUUGCUAGGUCCGCAGGUCUUAAAAGAACCGGUAAGAGUUGCAGACUUCGAUGGUUGAACUAUCUUCGUCCCGAUGUAAGGAGAGGUAAUAUUACACCCGAAGAACAACUCUUGAUCAUGGAGCUUCAUGCUAAAUGGGGAAACAGAUGGUCAAAAAUAGCAAAACAUCUUCCAGGAAGAACGGAUAAUGAGAUAAAGAAUUACUGGAGGACAAGGAUUCAAAAGCAUAUCAAGCAAGCAGAAAAUAACUUCAGUGGGCAAACUUCUUCAAGCCAUGCCGAUCAUCAAGCGACUACAAGCUCAACACAAACUUGCAACGCGAUGAAUCCACUGGAAACGUACUCUCCGCCUUACGACAACUUUCAGAAUUUUUCAGGUCCAUUUCCCACCGAAACGAAUGAGAACAUGUGGAGUAUGGAGGAUUUAUGGUCAAUGCAGUUACUAAAUGGCGACUAAUUAAAUCGUUUUUUACAACACACAUA